CCCAAUUUGGCUCUUGACAUCAACCAACACUGUGACAGACAGGUAUUUUGUGUUUAUUCUCACACUAUCACCACCUGCCUCGCACAAUGCCAGUUUCCCAUCGGCAAAUCGCACCCGACUACUUUCGUCUUCAGCGGUUAUCUCUCGAUUUGAUCUUGGAGAUAUUUGCUUGGUGCGCACCAUUGGACCUCGUCAUUCUUCGAAGUGUAUCUAGGAACAUCAAGACAAUAUUGGAUCAGCACGGCAACCGCUGUUGGACUCGUGCAAGGAGUAAUCUUCUGCGCCUGCCCACCGUACCAUCUUCCCUGAACAGAAAAUACAGCGAAAUCUCCCUUAUCAACUACUUCUUCUACUCUGGAUGCAAUAAGUGUCUUAGCUGCGGCCGUUCUGUCGAUGAUGCAUUCCCCAGCUUGACGUACAUGAUAUACCUAUGCAUAGAUGCGGGCUGUUACAGUCAUUUCAUGUCCAAUCGACAGGGAUACUUGUUUUCAUAUAAUCCACAAGAGAGGUCUUUUCACAAGUACAAACCCAUUCUACAAUUCCUAUACUAUGACCCGUCUACGGUAAAGAAGCUAUACCUGGUGAGGCAAGCCAAGAGGGAACUCGCCUGGUAUAAGCAAAUCAGAUCCUGGGGGGACGAUCUCAUGCUUCAUCCGCUUGAUUUGAUGACUGAGAGAAAAAGAACCCACCGUAUUCUACAACAGCAUGCGAACAAGAUGCAAAAAUGGGCAGCGGAGUACGGUCGCGAACUCGUCGUCGUGAACAAGAAGAAUCGUGCCUUCUUAAAAACUGUCACUCAAUCCAAGCGCCUCGAUUAUCUUACCACUCUUCGUACCCCCGCCAUGCGUCGAACGUUGGAGGAAUUCAAUCGGCGUUUAACAUGCCUUACACUAACGGUUUGGCGGGAUAUAAUGACCCAAGUCGUUAAAGAAUACCACGAGUUUCGUGCAUCCAAAUUGAAUAAACGUACAUCGCCGCAAGCAAUUAACGAGACGCAUUGACCACAUCUACCUAUCCUAAUACUACCACCACCAUUCUAGUUUAGUCUGCAGAAUACGACAUCUAACCUUCCUAUUUGAGAUUGUCUC